GCUGUCAUAGAUGCGUUUUUUACGCCAAGCUACUCUGCUCGAUGAGGCAUGCGAAUCCGGGUGUUCUUCGUUGUCGUAUUAAGGCACAGUGGCCUCGUGUGGUCGACGACCAAACUUCUGAACAAACGGAUAAGAUAUCUUUCUGGUCCACGCUACGAGCGCUUCACGCAAUCUGCUGUGUUAUAUUUUUCGAAAGACGACAAGAGGAUAGAAGGAGGGUUUCUCGAAGAUGGAUCCAAUCGCCAACCCCGUUGUCCAGAUGCAGGACAUUCCGACUACGAGCGACGGAAGACCCUAUGCUUAUGAGGAGCCUGAUGAGAUCUGGGACGGCUUGAGGAGGACAGUAUCGAAGAUGACGGGACGAUCGAAGGCGGGGAGCGAGGCGAAGCAGUCUGUGCAUCACGAGAUGGAAGUCAGAUCGCAUGGGCGCACACGGUCGCAUCGGACGCAGCCCAUUGACGAGCUUGACGAAGAGCCUGGGAUACCCAUUGUGGACGCUGAAGACGAUUUCCCCGAGGGUGGGUUGCGCGCGUGGCUCGUUGUCGCAUCGGCCUGGUUGAUGCUGUUCCCUUCUUUCGGCUUCAUGGUGUCUAUCGGCACGCUUCAAGACUACUGGGGCCAGAAUCAGCUUUCGUAUAUGUCGGCACGUGAUAUUGGAUGGAUCCCGUCGGUUUUUGUCUACCUAUCUCUUGCGCUGGGCAUCUGGGUGGGACCGCUCUUCGACCGGUAUGGGCCGCGAUGGAUCGCUUUGACAGGGAGCGUCAUGUUUCUCCUUAUGAUCUUCCUGCUUGCUGAGUGCAACCAAUUCUGGCAGAUGAUCCUUUGCUGUGGCGUACUGGGAGGGUUUUCUGGUGCCAUGCUGACCACUACAAGCCUCGCAGUAGUUGCGCACUGGUUCAAGGAACGACGAGGUCUUACGCAAGGCAUUGCCAUGAUGGGCAGCUCUGCUGGUGGUCUGACGAUUCCGCUGGUCUUGCGGACUACUCUUCCGAAGUAUGGAUACGCGUGGUCGCUUCGGAUACUGGGUUUCGUGUUCCUCUUCUGCUUCAUCAUCGCCAAUAUUUUGAUGAAAGCUCGCAUCCCGCCGUCUGCCGCCGCAAAGAAGAAAGCCAUCAUCUCACUUUCUAUCUACGGCGAUCUGAGAUUGAGCUUGUUCACUUUGAGUGUCUUCGGUUUCGAGGUCGUUCUCUUUGGUGGGCUGGGCAUCAUGCCUACCUACGCAACGUUGAGCACGAACUUUCCGCCUGACACUGGCUUCUACCUCAUUGCUGUACUCAACGGUGUCUCCUGCCUCGGACGACUACUACCCGGGUAUGCCGCGGACAAGAUUGGUCGAUUCAACACUCUGUUCAUCAUGAUCGUCUUCACCUUACUCUGGAUGCUAGUCCUAUGGCUGCCACUCGGUACGACAUCGCUGCCAGCACUGUAUGCGUUCGCAGCGCUCUUCGGCUUCGGAACAGGGUCCUGGAUGGCGUUGACACCCGCAUGCGUGGGACAGCUUUGUAGGGCAGAAGAGUUUGGCCGGUACUACGGAAGUAUGUACUUCAUUGCCUCCCUCGCAACGCUGGUCUGCAUUCCAAUCAGUGGAGAGCUUGUUGAAACAGUCGGACCUCAACCGAUGGUAGCUUUCUUCUGCGCGAUUCUCGGUUUGAGUCUGAUCAGCUUCUUAUUCAGUCGGUGGGCAUGUUUGGGAAGGCGAUGGACGCUGAAAGUGAAAGUUUGAGCGAUUUGAUAGAUGAAUUCGUCAUGCUAGGAAACAAGCACGCUAUGAUCUUACCCACAAUUCUGUUGUUGAGCGUUUUGAACUAGCGUAAAACAGUCCUGGUAGUGCGAACAUCAAGAAAACUUCAUCGCGCUAAGAUCGGCCCCUUCCGAAAUUUCACGAUUUAGUGGAAACUAGUUCGUCUAACAAAUCACAUGGCUACACUUUACAUUUGUCAAGAAAGAUUC